AUUAGUCUCUCCUCCUAAUUGCGGUCUGGUACUGGCUGGUGACGGUGCAGCGACUCGCUACUGCUCUGAAGGCUUGCAAGCCAGCUGCACAGGAAAGAAGGAAAGUGGUAGAAGCUGACCCAGAUCCGUGGCAGAUCUUUACGUGCAUUGGUGCAGCAGAUUUCCAGGCUAAGAAAGAAAAACUGCUUCUGAUUCCUUCAGGAAGAAGAAACACCAACUAACUCAAUAUGGAAAAUGUCCCCCAGGAAAACAAAGUUGGGGAGCAGGACCCAGUGCAGAAUGAAGAAGCAGCUCGCCCUUUAGGAGGUGGUGAAGGCCAGGAGCCUGGAGUAAAUAUUAGAGGGGGCUGGGCUCCACCUGCCCAGAAUUUUGAAGAGGAUAUGCCCGAUAGGCUUAUCAAUAACAUAGAUAUGAUAGAUGGAGAUGCAGAUGAUAUGGAACGGUUCAUGGAGGAGAUGAGAGAGCUAAGGAGGAAAAUUAGGGAGCUUCAGUUGAGGUACAGUCUGCGCAUUCUUAUAGGGGACCCUCCUCACCAUGAUCAUCCAGAUGAGUUUUGCCUUAUGCCUUGAAUCUUAAAGGUUAACAAGCAUAAACCCCCUGAUUUACAAACUUGCAUUUUAGUGUAAACUUUUUGGUGUUCUUUCUGGUGAUUUCAUUUUGACCUAGUCUGUAAGUUUUUCUGUCAGCAGGGGAGUUUCAUCAACUUGCACGGAAAGAUGCUUACUACAUAUUAUAAAGUUAAUAAAGCAAUUUAAAAAGCAA